CAGAGAUUUUGUUAGAAGCGGAUGUCAAAGGUUUCGAGUGUAGUAGACCAAAAAAUCAUAGAGUAGGCAAAGAAUAAUCAAUUACUCAUCUUAAAGAUUUUUUAAAUAGUUUAGACACCGAAACCUUAAAGUAACUAUUCUUAGCAAAUUUUUAAUAUAUUAAAAAUGGCGGGAAUGAAUGCUACCAAGACAGACUACUGGAAUUUUCUUUUUAUUGAACUGGCUGAUCCUCGAACAAAUGAUUGGUUUUUGAUUAAGUCCCCAGUGCCAACUUUAACAAUACUUUCUAUUUAUUUGUGUUUUGUUCUUUCAUGGGGUCCGAAAUUCAUGAAAGAUCGUAAACCAUUUAAGCUGGAGAAAACACUAAUGGUUUACAAUCUAUUUCAAGUUAUAAUAAGUGUGUGGAUGGUUUACGAGGGCUUUGUAGUUUGGCAAAACUACAGUUGGCGCUGUCAACCAGUGGAUCGGUCAAGGACUCCAAUGGCAUACAGAGAAGCUCGUGGAGUUUAUGUUUAUUAUUUAGCAAAGAUUACAGAACUCUUGGACACUGUCUUUUUCGUUUUACGCAAAAAUGAACGUCAAGUUACGUUUCUGCAUGUAUAUCAUCACAGUGUUAUGCCUAUGAUUUCUUGGGGGACCACCAAAUACUUCCCUGGAGGACAUGGCACUUUUAUUGGCUGGAUCAAUUCUUUUGUUCAUAUUAUAAUGUAUACAUACUACUUCUUAUCGGCUUUCGGACCAAAAAUGCAGAAAUAUUUAUGGUGGAAGAAGUACAUUACAAACUUACAAAUGAUUCAAUUCUGUAUGGUAUUUAUUCACCAAACACAAUUAUUAUACACUGAUUGUAAUUACCCACGUUGGUCAGUGUGUUUCACCCUCCCCAAUGCUAUAUUCUUUUAUUUCCUCUUCAACGACUUUUAUAAGAAAUCAUACAAAAAGGAAAACCAAAAACCAUCAGAUCUUUUUGCAAACAACAACAACGAUUCUAUGGUCAAAAAUCUUAAUGGCCCAAUGCCAGUAGAGUCUAAGAAAUCUCUUUAAAAUUGCAAAAGUCAUUCAAUAGAACUGUAAAUACCUCAAAGAUAGUACUAAUUAAUUU